CCCGGCUGAAUGAGAUUGAAGAAGAGUUCUUGUUUUGUAUGGCAGUUUCUCUGCUUUUCAUACAGCUUUUUUUUGGGAAAAAAGGAAUUGAAGUCGUUUGAUAAGGAAUGCUUUAUCACGCGAUAUGAAGACUGCGGCGUAUCGGAGGGAAUAAAGUCACACACGGGACGGGAUCCGGAGCGGAAUAUCGGGGCUGAGCGGAGAUCUAUUUAUUUAAAUCAUUAGCGUGUGUGUGUGUGUGUGUGUGUGAGAGAGAGGAGAGAGCGAGGGCUGCCUGCCUGCCUGCUGGCGGAGUGAGGACCAGGGCUCCCCCACACUGCCAGUUGGAUGGUGUUCAAGACAGCAGUCGCUGUGAAGGCUGAGGGAGGUGUGGAAUUCGGGCAGAAGGGCUUGAUGAUGGAGCUACAGAGUCUACAGGAGGCUCUCAAAGUAGAGAUACAGAUUCAUCAGAAGCUAGUUGCACAGAUGAAGCAAGAUCCACAGAAUGCUGAGCUGAAGCUACAGCUGCAUGACCUUCAGGCCAAGAUCACGGUGCUGAGCGAGCGACAGAAAAAGGUGGUGGAGCAGUUGAGGAGAGAUCUGCUGGUGAAGCAGGAUUCGGCAGAGAUCAGGCUCCAGACACACACGCAGCUCCCUCUACAGGGUGACGGCAAAACUACCACGCUGAUCUCCAACCACUCCAACCAGAACCAGAGCUCUCUUCCUCCAGCUCACCUCAAUACUCCACAAAACUCAGUGAGUGUGACUCCAGUCAUUGCCACUAAGACUCUACCUCUGAUGCUGAGAGCUGCCACACCCACCACUCCCAUUGCCAUGAUGCCUACGCCCACCAUCGCCAUGGUUACCACCCUCACCAAUACGCCCCGCCCCAGCCUUCCAAACUCAGAUCCGCAGAAUUCCCCAGCGGGUCUUCAGACGGUCAGCAAGCCAGCCAGUCAGGGACCGGAGCCUGUGCGGAUUGUUCCCAAAAACACAAUUGUUGUGAUGCCCAAAACAUCUGUGGCUCCGGCAGCACUGCAGCCCAUCCUGGCCUCCUCUCAGCAGCCUGUCCUCCUUACUGCCAAGCUCAGCCCCGCUCUCCUGCCAUCAACAGGCCCAGUGCACCAACUCCACAUUUUUAAUCCUCAACCUGGCACUGGCACCGCCCCUCCCGGAACCGCUAAUGCCACCCAGCCAUGCCCCGGCAGUGCCCAGCCCGGCUUUAACAUAAUCCAGCCUUGCCCCAGCAUCACCAUGACACUCAGCACCAACAUCAGUCAGUUGAGUACAAGCAGCACAAAGCACAGCGCGCAGCUUCCCAGCAUCCUCAUCUCGCCCCAGCCUAGCAAACCACCCGCUGUGUCGUCUGCCCCAGCUAACGUCGACUCUGCAAAUACAGGCACACCUCACACAGCACGGAGCAGCGAGUCCUGCCCCGUUACCCCCACACCUGAUGCAGCGGACAGAGCGGAGCCAAAGACAUCAUCCAGCAACCCCGCACCAUGCCCCGUUCCACUGAAAUCACCUGUCGCUGCUUCCACAACCUCCCGCACACACACCCGCAUACACACUAACACACCUGUGACUUCACACACCCUCACACCCAAAAGUCAGGAUAAUCCACUGAAACUGGCCUUCAUGCUGUCUCUGGGGCUCGUAACACAUGACUAUCUGGAGGAGAUCCAGAGCAAACGUCAAGAAAGAAAGAGACGAACAACAGCGAAUCCGGUGUAUAGUGGGGCAGUGUUUGAGCCAGAGCGUAAGAAAAGCACAGUGUCUUACCUGAAUUCUGCAAAUCAAGAGUACAGCAAGAGAGCCAACGAGGACAGCUCAUCAGAGAUUUCGAAGAAGGAUGAAGUUAUAGAGUGGCCUGGAACUCUUGCCAUAGUCCAUUCCUACAUUUCUUACAAAGCAGAAAGAGAACAGGAGAAGCAAAGGCUGGAGAAGUGGAGCUCUGAACUACAGCAGGAGAGAGAAGAGCUCGAGCUCAAAGCUAAACAGCUCAGCGACUCCAUCACGAUAUGUACAGAGAGUAGGACUGGUGUUCUGGCUCGACAGAAAGAAAUGGAGGCCUCAAUAGAGAAGGUUAAGGAUCUGGUGCGUCUUAUUCGGGGCAUCCAAUUGCCCCCUCUGCCCCAGUUCUUGGCCAUGGGUAUUACCAAUGGAAAUCCAAGCACUAUUAUGAUCCAACAACCCAUCCCCAUCCCCAGCUUGGAAGAAAACCAACAUCCAAACCGAAAGAACAGCACAAGCUUUGAUAGUGUCUCUGACGUAGGCAACACCUUCACCGUCAACCAACACAACGAUCCCACAAACACCAACAGCAGCAUCCCGAGCGCUCCGAAAACCGAGGACGCCGGCGAAACCAAGAACGCUUCCAUCAUUCGUCACGGCCCCAUUACAAACGCCUGUCCAGCUCUCAGCAAUACACACAGCCAGAACACCAUGUGUGCCAGCUCGAACGGGACUCUGGAGCCUGAGGAGGGACACGAGGAACGCAAAAACCAAAACAUCACCAGUGAGAAAGGCUGCACGGGAGACAUCAAUAAAAACAGCAUCAGGGACCUCAGAGGAAGUGCGGAGCCUCAGUUGCCUACAGUAAUGCCCAUGGCAGAGGUAGUACAAGGUAUAGAAUAGUAUCGACAUCAAAGCGUGCACCCCGUUCUGCCCCCGUACACCCCAUAGACCUCCGAUCUGAAAGUGUCCUAAGUUGCCAUUUACUGUUUCCGUUCCUGUGUUGUCUUGUCUGUAAGAAUCCACAGUGCCAUUUUCAAUGAGCAGGAUUAAAAGUUCUGAAGUACCAGCACCUGAAAAAUCUAACACAAAUAAUAAUCAAUAAUAAUAAUAUAAAGAAAUAAAACUUAAGAGUUAUCAGAGUUUAAGAUAUCACACCAAUGUGUGCCUGCUAUAGUUGCCAUUGCACCUCUUGGAUGGAAAGCAUACAGAACAACUGAGCAAAUGCUUUUUCCUGCUGUUAAAUCAUGUUGGGACAGAAGUAGGCAUGUGCCGAUAAGACAUAGAGGUUAUACUGAAUCUACAGCAUAAGGAUAAGAUGAAGUCAGAUUCCUUACUUUGUCCAAUUUUAAGGGCAUUAAUGAAUAAUAGUUAUCGAUUGAUAAACAUAUUUUAUUCUCAGUUUAAGUUUUAUUUAAUCAACCCUAGUGGAACAAUCCCAUCAUAUUAGUUACAUAAGACGAAUUAACGUUAAACAAAGGUGAAUAAAUAAAUAACAAUCUGGUAGCUAAAAACGCCAUGCAGUAUAUUGUGUACUGCCUUAACUGCAUGUGUGCCGUCUUGUGGUGUAGAAGUUAACAGAUACUUGAGCUACAGAGAAAUAUUAUGCACAACAUCCGUUAUUAGUCCCUUAAGCAAUAUCACACUCAGGAUCGUGCUGUACUAAAUAUCAGCACAGCUGUCGUAUCAAGAUACCGUGCUGAUAUUCAGUACAACAAAUCGACCUUGAGUGCAAUAUUGCUUUUAUACAACAGGUCCACGAACACCUUUUAUUAUUAACAGAUGGUGCCAGUUAUUUUCCUACCCCGACAUACAUCCUUGUGGAUGGUAGAACUAUAUAAAAAUGCGACAGAUGCAGUUAGCGACCGCCAGUUAGUGUAAUUAGCAGAGAUGAAAGUAGUUUUAAAUUUCUAACAGUCCUGAGAAACGUACAAGAUUUACUUUUAUUUCCACUUUAGAAUAUCAGCUAACUUUUUCGGGGUUGAAUCCCAAAUAUGACUUAAGGGUAGUGCACUAUGUAGGGUGUACAAUCCCUUGGUCCACACACCAAGUAGUGCCCUUGGUCAGGGGUUGGAGAGGGAGCUGGGAUUCAGCCUUGUGUUGGAAGCUUUGUAGCUCAUGUUAUCGGGGAACAAAACAAGACGGACGGUUCAGAGGUGAUUCGGAAUGACAUACAAGCUAUUACUAAGGAGACAGCAAGUUGUUUAAGAUGACAUAACACACAUGUGAGGCGGAGUGGUACAUAUAGUUGAACGCCGCAGUGCUGUUAUGCUCUAUAUCGUCACUCAUAGAAUGCCAAAUUACUAAUAAAUUUUUAUUCAGUUAAAUCAUUAACAACAACUAAUCAAUUAACGCUUCAUUAUUAAAAUUCCCAGUAUAAAUCUAGUUUUGUUUUUAGCUUGUUUCUUCAUUUGUUCAUUCUUCUUAUAUAAGUUUUACACAAAAAUGUAAAAAGUCAUAAGGUUGCCAGACUGUCGUAACAUGGUAAUUAUCGGUACAUGUCUACUUCCGGUCCUGUUGCUGUUAUAAAGGAGUAAUAAUGCUGUAAGAGCGACAGAAUCAGUCCAGUACAGGUGUAGGGCGUUUCCCCUCUCUGGGCUCCAAAGCAGAACAGCUGAGAGAAAGACAUGAAUCAUAAUUCAUAAGCAGGUCUUCCAGGUGUUUCAAAAAGCUACACACCUAUUAGAUGUGUCUGUUCUAUUUAUAACGUCCAUGUGCAGCAAUUCUGUAAGUAUAUUUUUAAACCGUUGUCUUUUCAAAUAAAUUCCUCAGCUCUGUUUUUGCCAAAUAUUGUUUGCCACAGGGACAUGUAUUUUUACUUUAUGGUGAUUAAAUAGAUGUAUGAAUAAUAGCGUUGUAUUUGUGUAGCAUCAGUAUUGAGGACUCUGAAUAAAACACAGACACAGCCUUUACUAGUGAUGAAAAUGAUUGAUUGUUAAGGCAGUUAAUGAGUGUGGUGUUGGAUCUCAAACACAACCUUUACAUCAGAAGGUUUCAGGUGGAACGUUCCAUGUCUCUCCCCUUUUUAAAAUCCGAUAAUAAAAAGCGAAUCUCCUAGUUGAAACGACGAAAAUCAAUGACACCAUGAUUAGUCUCUUUCUCUCUCUCUCUCUCUCUCUCUCUCUCUCUCUCUAGUGUACAUGGUUUAUGCACAUUUUAUCAUAAGAAACGUUUUAUUCAUGAAAUGAUGCUUAUGUAGCAUUACACAAGGGCUUUCUAUUUUGUAUUGUUUUAUUAGCUGAAGUGUUAGCCUUCCACAUGGCAGCACUGUUAAGACGACUCGGAGCGAAAAGCACAGGAAUGCAAAGUUUAGCUCGAAACCCAACAGCACAGGAACGUCAGCGGACCCAACACCGCUCCAUUACACAUCUGCCAUUAUAUCACGUUGAAAAGCGAACGAUCGAAGACAUGCUGCAUUUGUAUCAUAUCUCUGAAAGUCUCCAGAUGUGCGUGUCAGACCGUUAUAACUAGAUUUAGUGUUUUAUACGGGGGUAGGGCGACUUUUAUGAAACUGUAUGUUAAUAAUGAAGCACAACAGAUCAUGCAGAGAUGCAAAUUACAAAUCUAAAUGUGAUGCAGGUCUGUGUAAAUAGAAGUAGUACUGGUUGUGUCCUUGUAUUAGCUUGCGUGCGUGUGUGUGUGUGUGCAUUUCACUACUCAGGCAAUCAACGCGUCCAGCCUGCAGUAGAGUUUUAAAGCGGUUGCCUUAACAUGCUCUGGUUUUCUUGGUUAGCACGAUGUUCCAGCUGGAGGUGCGUUUUCGUCAGUGUGAUCCGACAAAGCAAUGCGCGUUUCCCUCCAGGAGUCGUUACUGCUUUCUGUUGCACCGGAUCAGAUUCGAGUUGUGUAUCUUAUGCUUAUUUUUUUGGGCCAGUGCCUGAUUUGAGUUUUGUUUACAGAACCUACUUGGAAUUACAAUGUUCUUGCACUUUCAGUUAUUAUAAUUUUUUUAUUUUUCUUAAAUUAUUUUUCCUAGAGUGCUUUUUGCAUCCGUUCCAUUUUCCAGUUUAGUUGUCUCGAUUUAACGCAGCCGAGCUUAAUUUCCGAAUUGUCUCACAAUACCGCUUAGCAGCGGACUAAUUAAUUUUAAUCUUGAUAAGCCCAGUGGGAGGAAGAACAUUUUCUCGAUGAAUAAAUGAUUGCUUGCAGGUGACGUUUACACAGACGUGUGUGUGUGUGUGUGUGUGUGUGUAUGUGUGGGACUUAAUGGACAGCUUUAAGCCCUGUAAAAUUAACCAGGAAAAAAUUUUAAUUACAAAUAAAUCCAUAACUGUGGUUAACUCUCACUACAGUUGCGAGAUCUCAGUUGUGAACAUUGAUGUGCAUUUUUCUACACCGGAAUUUUCUUUUUUUUAAGACAAUGAAAUGUCUGAUAUAAAAGUGUGUAAGGGAUUUCCCGUUAAAUUGGAUAUUUAUACACAAAGUCGUCCUCAGCCCGUUGCUUGGCGAGGAAAUGUCAGGAUUUGCUGAUGAUAAGACUGACCAUUUGUGUUUGGAUGUUUAAAGCCGUAGUGUCCGAAAGUGUGGAAAGUCUCUGCAUAUACUGUACGUUACAUACACUAGAGAAUAAGUGUUUGUGUCAUUUUAUUGGUCCAUAAAGUGUUUUAAAAAAAAAAAGAAAAACUUUUUAUAUAUCUAUAUUAAAAAAAUGUGAAACUACUGGAAAGUCCGAGACCGAGGCAUCACGUUACAGUCCGCUCAGUCAUCGUUAGGCUGCUGGUGCGGAGUGUCACGGUCCCCAUUCCUGUUCUCCCUCGACACGAACUCGCGCGCCUUCCUUUCACCAUUACCUCAUUCAAGGGCCUCUGACCUGUUCAAUUCAGGAAGGCAAUCAACUAAGGAGUAUUGCACAAACACAACAAAUUCACAGUGGUACACCCCUCGUGCCAAAUUCUAAAGUGUUCAGUAUGCGAAUUUACAUCGUUCUCUUGGAAAGAAGUGUUGAAUAUUUUUUCAUAAUGGUUUUAAGUAUGAUGUGAUGAAUUACUUUUUUACAGUUUCUAUGUUUAUCUGGUCUUUGUUGGUCUUUGUUGUUUGGUGCUGCCUGAUGUUGGUUUGUUUGUUUCAUUCAUAGACUUCAUCGUUUUCUUCGUGUAAGUUAUUUAAUGCACAUUUACAGUACACAUCUUUCUUCAUGUUGAAGGGGAUGGGCAUUUUAGAAGCAUUUGAUCAAUUUGUAUUUAUUAAUUUUUACCAUUUUUGCUAAU